AUGAUGAAAAAAAAAAUAUUUUCAACAAGUGAUAAUACUAUUAAACCUAUUCUACUUGCUCUUAUACUUUUUCUUUUUGGUAUUUUAUCAAUAAAUUUAAUACCACCAAAUCUUUAUAAAAAUGAAAUUAAUAUGUAUGAAAGAUCUUUUGCUAGAUAUCUUCUUAAUGCUAUUGUUACCUCAAGAAAUUUUAUAAAAGAAGAUGAUAAAAUUUUAAUUAAUGAAACUUUAACAAAAUAUAUGGGUAUAUCACCAAAAUUAAUUGGUAUUGUUCCACCAUUUAUUCCAAUAACAUUACGUGAUCGUAUUAGAACUGCACCACAAUAUAAUUUAUUAGCUUGUAGUUUACAUAAACAUAUGUCUUCAAUGAUAUCACCAGCUAUGUGUUAUCUUAGAAAUGAAACUGAAUAUAUUAAUGAAUAUGGAAUGGUUAUUGCUGAUAAUAAUGAUGCAUGUAUAAAUACUCGUGAAAAAAAAAUAAAUGCCUGGUUUCAUGAUAUUAAAACAGCAUUAAAACAUGAAUCAUCUCCUUUAGAUAAGUGGAAAUUUUUUUCAUUUUCACGAGAUCCUAUAGAAAGAUUUAUUUCUGGAUUUACAAAUAUUUGUAUUGAUAAUAGUAUACAACUUGGAAAUAAAACAUGUUAUGAUUGUGGAAUGAAUCUUGAAUGUUUUAUUGAAACACUUUAUAAAGAUAUGAUAGGAUAUGCUUCAGGAAAACAAUUUAUGCGUUAUGAAGUAGCAGCACAUUUUUAUCCUCAAAGUUGGAUGUGUGAUUAUUUUCAAUAUUUUAAUAAAUAUAAAAUUAUUCCUUAUAGUUCUGUUACAAUUAAAAACAAGAAAUUUAUAGAUAGUUUAAAAAAAUUAUUACAAGAUUCUAAUGUUCCAUCAGUAUCAAUUAAUUUUAUAAUUGAACAAUUUGAAAAUACAAAAACACAUCAUAGAACUGUUGGUAAAAAAACUAGAAAAGAUAUUGAAAAGCAAUUACGAAAUUCACCACAUUUAAUGGAUAGAUUAUAUCAAAUGUUUUAUUUUGAUUUUAUUUUAUUUAAUUAUGAUAUACCUAAAGAAUUUAUAUGGAAAGGCCCAGAUGUUGUACCUCCUGAUACUCCGUAA